UUUAACCGGAGUGGACUGAGCGGUGGAGGCCUCAAACGGGCCUUUAUGGGGCUCUCCCAGAUCCCCGUCACCCGAGAGGCAGGUGAUGGAGUCUGGGCUGUGGACCACACACGGGUUUAAAGGAGCAACUGUCGGUGCCAGAGCGGCUGUUAGCGCUGGAGAGACUGCUGGCACUGGAGCGGCCAACUGCCCCGGAGCAGCCGCUGGCGCUGGAGCGGCAAGCUGUACUGGAGCAGCCUCCGGCACCGGAGCGUCCAGCUGCAAGGGAGGAGUCGCCGGAGCGGCCAGCUGCACAGGAGCAGCAACCACCGCGGGGGCAGCCGUCGUCGCCGGAGGAGGAUUUUUGGGUGGCGGAGCUGUGGCAGGGGGUGGUGGCGGGCAGUCAGGCUUUCCCCCAUCCGUGUCUGGGUCGAGCUGCACGACCAUGAGGGCCUCCACCUGCUCCAGAGUCUCAGCCUGGAGUCUCCUACCCAGGUGUCUCUUUGCCCAGGUGGAGGCCACUUGAAAGGGGGCAGGCCAAUCACGUUUGGGCAAUGCAGAUAAGGUGUUAAACUCCUUAUCAAUGGAGUCAAUGUAGUGGUCCCUGAGAAUAAGGAUUGUUGUAUAUUCCCAGUUUUUGGCAUUGCUCUCAAUGAGGAGACGGGCCCCCUCACUGGGGCUGGCCGGUUUAAUCGUGGUGGCCAAAUUAGUUGUUAAUUUAUGGAUUGCUGGGGGGGGCUUAUCGGUCGAAACAUUUUUCAGGUGGUGGGCCAAUGUAAUGAUUUUUUUCAUUAUCCUGGCCUUAAUUCCAAAAUCAGGGUCAUCAGACUGUUGUCUGUUCCCAUUCCUGUUUCUCUCCCUCUUUCCCCCACGUGUGUUGCUUGUGUUCCUCCCUGUGUUGCCUGUGUUUCUCCCUGUUUCCUCUGUAUUUCUCCCUGUGUUAUCUGUGUUUCUCCCUGUGUAUCCUGUAUUUCUCCCUGUGUUCCAUGUGUUUUUCCCUGUGUUUCCUGUAUUUCUCCCUGUGUUCCCUGUGUUUCUCCCUGAAUUCCAUGUGUUUCUCCCUGUGUUCCAUGUGUUUCUCCCUGUGUUUCCUGUAUUUCUCCCUGUGUUUCUCCCUGAAUUCCAUGUGUUUCUCCCUGUGUUCCAUGUGUUUCUCCCUGUGUUCCAUGUUGUGUUGUGUCUUGCAGGUUGGUUGUACGGGGCCCUGCGGCUUCCCGGAUUGUCAAAAAAUUGUGGCCUCUGGCCAUGCUCCGUGGAACGGUAGCGUUGUGGGUAGUCGUCCCUCCGUCCAUGUCCUCUGACAACAGAGGCAUAGCUGGGACGCUGCCCUGUGGCCUGGUAACGUUGGCGAGAGUGGUACUGGGCUGAGCGGGGUCUGGGCCUUUCCCCCCGGGGCUGCCUGUAGCGGUCACGCCGGUAGGAAACCACCGUCCAGUCCUCUUCCCUGUUCUCACCACGCAUUCUGGGCCGUUGGUGAGUAAAAGAAAGGUGGUAGAAAAUAAAAAAUGAAAAAUAAAAAAAUGAGAAUAUUUAAAUUGAGGAUAUGAACAAGCUUUAAACGACGUUUCGGUCUAAGAAUAGACCUUCUUCAGGUUAGCUUGUUC